AUGUUUGGCUCUGCUGCUCAAAAAUCUGGACCGUUUUCAUUUGGAUCUGCCAACAACAAUAGCUCUGCUAAUUCUACGUCAACACCAUCGUUAAACUUUUCAACUAAUAACAAUGCAUCCAACCCAACAAAGCCUUCUGGUUUUACUCUUGGAGGUAACACAGGUUCGAUUGGAUCCCAGUCGAGUCUUUUCGGGUCAAAUUUAUCUAGCAACAAUGUAGCAUCUAAUGGCUUUACUUCUGGUAACAACAACAAUGCUACAACACCAUCAUCAACAGGUUUCGGUUUUGGAUCAAAACAAACUACGUCAACCGUAACUGCCCCUACAACCGCCAGUUUUAGUUUUGGUUCCAAACAGAAUGGAACAGGGACAACCCCUUUAUCUGGAGUUUUGGGUGCAAACACCAAUAAGCCAUCCUUGUUUGGUAAUAGCGUUACUAAUCCAUCAUUUGGAAGCACGAAUAUCGGAUUUGGGGCAGCACAACAACCACAAAAUACACCUAUGAAUCAGCAAACAACGAAUUCCUCCCCAUAUGGUUUUGAUAUCAACAAGUUUUCACAGGUAGAAAUGCCAAAACCUUUAACCUCUGCCGCAUCUGUCGAUGAAAAUUCAAAAUUAAAACGGAAAAGAUCUGAUUCACUUGAAACGUCUAAAGAAAACCACUCUUUAGUAGGGAGAAUAGUUGAUACAUUCAGAGUUCCAACGAGGCAAUCAAUUGAAAACGUGCGUGGACUAUUUUCCUCAGCCAAAACAAAUCAAGACAUGCAGCUCAAUGAUCAUGCAAUCCAAGCCAAGUCUGAAUACCAAUAUGCUCUUUCCCUGAGAAGUGAGUACAGAAAAUUGACUAUUAAAAAACCUAGAAGUACCUAUGCUAACUACAAAGAAAUUGAUCCAAAUGAUGUUUUAUUAUCUAGACGUAAAGAUUUACGCAGUAAGUUCCUUCAACAAACACAAAACGCAAGUAAGGUUGUCAUUGAUUCAUUGACUCCUCCUUCAAAACGUAUGAAAACUCAAAAUGAAUUGGCAAAUAAGUCUACUGAUAAUGAUAAUUUAACAUUUUCGAAACCAUUGUCGGAACAGAUGUUUUCAUCGAAAGAGGGUAAACCUGAGAAGGCUGAUGAUUCAUACUAUUGGUCCAACCCGUCAAUUGAGGAGAUAUCCAAACUAUCAUCAUUAGAGUUGACCCGCGUUGAAAAUUUCUGUGUUGGUAGAAAAGGUUUUGGUAAUGUAAUGUUUAAAUAUCCUGUUGACCUGACGGAGUUUCAAGGUAAGUGGGAUACUCUUCUAGGUAAGACCAUCAUUUUCCAGAAUCGUACAUUACAAGUGUAUCCUGACGAAGCUAAUAAACCACAAGAAGGUAAUGGUUUAAAUGUUCCUGCUGUUGUUACCCUAGAAAAGGUUUUUCCUCGUAAGUAUGAUAUCCAACAUCCAAACCAUGAAUUACUAGAAAGACAUGUCCAAAGACUCAAGUCAACACAUGGUAUGAAAUUUAUAAGCUUUGAUCCUACCAGCGGUAACUAUGUCUUUGAAGUUGAACAUUUCUCUAUUUGGGGUAUUGUUGAUGAAGAGGAUGAUGACCCAGAGAUCGUCGCUAAGUGGAAAAGACAGCAAACACAAGAGUCACUUAGUGAAAAAAGAAAAAAUGAGCUACAAAUAAAUGCUUUAGAGAAAAUAGCAGGAUAUGGCCAGCCUGGUGAUAGCUGGAAAAAACAGAAAUCGGAUUUUGGCCUAGUGGUCCCAGGUGAAUUGAAAACAGAUGAAGAUGAAAUACACUCGGAAAAUGAAGAAGAAUUGAUUUUGGAAGAGCAGAAUGAUGAUAAUGAUAAAAUUCCAGAUUCUCUCGUACCAGCUACAUUGGAAAAGGAUGAUCAAAAUGCAAAUAACAUGGCUCUUCUCAAUUCUAAUGUCACCGAUAUUGACCAGUUAGUUGAAGUUCGUGCAUAUGAACCUGAGGUUGAUGAUAUUGAUGCUGAUUUUUUGAACCCAAGGACCGAGUUAGCCACCAGUGAUAACUGGGAUGAACAACUCAAAUUAUCCAAUGGUUUUUUCUCUGCUUUCAAUAAAAACUUGAACCAAAAAUAUAAUGUUAAUCUUGACCCGAAAAACGUGGGAGACCUAAUUUUUGGCAAAGAGAAUGCAGCAGACAUACCAAAAGCUGCUAAUGUUCCUCCUGUUUCUUUUGAAAACGCAAGUCAAUAUAAAAGCUGUUUGCAAGAGGAGAUGGUUGUAAGUGCAUUUGAUGUUAGAGAGUUAGACGAAUUACCAAGAGUCAUUGUUAAAGAUGAGAUCUCCUUAAAAAUCCCAAUGGCCAGUUUUGAAAACUCUAGUAACUUUAAAAUAUGGGAACUGCUUUCUAUUCUUUACGAUCGUGGUUUCUUGGAGAGUUUUUUAACUGACAAUUUAAGGAAUACCUGUCUUAAUAAACCAUCGAAGUUGAGCUAUGUUCUGGAUUUGAAGAAAAGAGAACUUUUCUGUGACUUUUUGCAGAAUCUAGAAUUUCUCGAUGUUGAUACAGAAGUGGAGAAAACCAAUACUGCUAGGAAUCCAAGUGAAAGAGUAUUCAACUUCAUUUGUCAAGGAAAGAUAUCAGAUGCUAUUCAAUAUGCUAUAAAUACCAAGAACAAUCAUCUUGCCGUUCUUCUUACAAUGCUUGACUCAAGUGAUGCUGGGGUCAGUAAAUUGGCUACUUCUCAGUUAGAAUCUUGGAAAAUGAGUGGCUCUCUUAACUUGAUUCCUUCUGGAGUCCUUAAGGUUUUCAAAAUUCUCAAGGGAGAUAUUUUAAGCAAAGAAUAUAUCAAUCAUUUAGAUGGUUUAUCUUGGCCAAUAGUACUCUCUCUCAUGGUGCGUUAUGAAACAGGUUCUAGUAUCAAGGAAACAAUUCGAAAACUAGUUGAAUUUGCGGAGAAUUCAGGUAUAUCUGAGAAUCCCUUGUAUCAGAUGUAUUUUUCGUCUUUGAAGAUGAUAGAUGAGAGAAAGAGAGUGGAAACAUUUGAAGUUGAGUUGGCCUUUUUAUUAAUGAAGCACUUGAAACCCCUUAUCAAGUAUGACAACGCCGAAUUUGAUGAUAUUGUGGUUAAAUUUGCGGAAAAACUUGAAAAGCAGGAAAUGGUAAUGGAAGCUGCAUUCGUGAUAGAACAUUUAACUGAUGACAGAAAAGCCAAAGAUCUUCUAACCAAGCUACUCAAUGGUAAUGUUACCAAAUUCGGCUUUCUUGAAGAUGAUAGCAAGCUACAUGAGAUCAAUCAAAGGUUACGUAUACCGUUACGGUUAUUACAUCAAGCUAGAUCCGUCGAGUUCAAAAACCAAAAACAAUAUUACAAAAGUACAGUUGAAUUACUGGUUGCUGAAGAUAUCCGAGAAGCACACAAAUUGUUGUUAGCCGAAGUUGCACCAUCAGUAAUCAUUGGAAAUAUUACUAGUGAGAUAAAAAGGCUACGUCUUUUAAUCGAGGAAUUCUCGACGCUGUCCGAGUUUAAGAUUGGAGCUGGUGUAUAUGGUGAUUAUAUUGAUUUUGUGGACCUUUCAAAUGGUAUCAAUUAUGAAGACGAAGAGUAUGGUGAAAAACAAGCAGAGUUGAAAAAACUAUACCAAAGCAUUCUAAGUGGCAUGUCCUCACUACAAAAUUACACACCAAAAGUCAAAAUUGCCAAAACAAUCAUGAUUAGGAGAUUGCUCAGAGUUGUAUUUAAGGAAGAUCUUGGUUGUGAUAGGGAGCAAGUACUACGACUAGAACUUCCUGAAAGCGAGAAGAAUUAUCUUGAAGCCAAGUUUGAUGAAAACUUAGACAAUAGGAUGCUAACGACAGAUUGA